AUGUUGUGCGCAUUACAGGAUUCAGCGAAAGAUUUCAAAGUAGUAGAAGUUGGAGCUCGCGAUGGUCUACAAAAUGAAAAGUCAUUGGUACCCACUGCGAUAAAAAUAGAGCUUAUUGAAAGACUAGCGAAUUGCGGACUUCGAGAAGUUGAAGCGACAAGUUUCGUCUCUCCGAAAUGGGUACCUCAGAUGUCCGACCAGAUAGAUGUUGUUAAUGGUAUUCAAAGGUUACCUGGAGUUUCAUAUCCAGUUUUAGUGCCAAACUUAAUUGGCUUCAACAAUGCGAUGGCAACUGGUUGUGUAAAAGAAAUCGCAGUCAUAACCGCUGCUUCUGAAUCUUUUUCCAGAAAGAAUACAAACUCUUCGACUGAAGAAGCCUUGAAGCGAUCAUGCGAUAUUGCAUCAGAAGCAAUAAAAUUGGGCAUUAAGGUGCGUGGAUAUAUUUCUUGUGUCAUCGGAUGCCCAUAUGAUGGUCCGGUAAAACCAGCAUCUGUUCUCCGAAUCGCUGAAGAACUUCUCAGAGUCGGGUGCUACGAAGUUAGUCUUGGCGACACAAUUGGAGUCGGUAGUGCAGGCAGCGUAAAUCGGCUGUUAAAUUCGCUACUCAAUAAUUUGCCAGUUGAAUCAUUAGCUGUUCAUUUUCAUGAUACUUAUGGUCAAGCACUGGCAAAUGUUCUUACUUCCAUCGAGAGAGGGAUUCGCAUCGCAGAUAGUAGCAUAGCUGGACUCGGUGGAUGCCCGUAUGCUAAAGGUGCCAGUGGAAAUAUGGCUACUGAAGACUUAAUUUACAUGCUGAAUGAUUUAGGCGUUAACACCGUAAAUCUUUUAUCGACAUCUUUUUUCUUGAAUUCUGGUGUGGAUCUUGAUUCGCUUAUCGAAGUUGGAGAAUGGAUUUGUACGAAGCUGAAUCGAUUGAAUGGCUCAAAGACAGCGACUGCUAUGAUAAGAAAAAGGUGCAUUUAA